CAGUGGCCGAGCAAGGGGCCGCCUCCAGGGCUCGGGAGAGACCGCAAGAGCUUUGCCCUCCUUCUACCCAGGUCGUAGGGCAUCCCAGAGGAGGUGUAAUUCCAAGGUCACGUGGAGAUGCCAGCAGGCCUCUGAUGAAAGAACUUCGGGGUUUGAAGGACUGGUAUCCUCCAACAGCGCUAGCCCGGAAAGAAAGCGGAGAAGGCGAGGCCUGGUGCCGCGGCCCGGCGUGGACUCCUGGCCCAACUCCGGCCGCCGGCCUGAAGCCGGGCUGAUCCGGAAAUAGCCGAGCGGAUCCGGAAACAGCCGAGAGGACCCGGAAGCGGUGAGCGCCGUCACCAGGGAGUGCGGGGCCCCGCCGUUUGCGCAGAGGCGAUGGCGGCAGCUGCGCCGGCGGCCGCGGGCGAGGAUGGCCGGCGACUGCGGCCGGGGGCUGUGCUGGAUCCCCAGCCCCAGGAUGGGGCAAAGGUUGAGGCUGAGUCAGCGGAGCUCGGCCGACUUCGGGCUGAGCUGGCAGGCGCCCUGGCAGAGAUGGAGACCAUGAAGGCUGUGGCGGAGGUGAGCGAGAGCACGAAGGCCGAGGCUGUGGCUGCGGUGCAGCGGCAAUGCCAAGAGGAGGUGGCCUCGCUGCAGGCCAUCCUGAAAGACUCCAUCAGCAGCUACGAAGCCCAGAUCACUUCUCUGAAGCAGGAGCGGCAGCAGCAGCAGCAGGACUUUGAGGAGAAGGAGUGGGAGCUGGGCCGCCUGAAGCAGCUGCUGUCCCGGACUCACCCCCUGGACUCCUUGGAGAAGCAAAUGGAAAAGGCCCAUGAGGACUCGGAGAAGCUUCGAGAGAUCGUGCUGCCCAUGGAGCAGGAGAUAGAGGAGCUGAAGACGAAACUGCUGAGAGCGGAGGAGCUGAUUCAAGAGAUCCAGAGACGUCCCUGGCACCCCCCUUCCCUGCACGGCUCCGCAGAGUUGCUGCCUCCAUCCCGGGACUCGUCUCCCCCACUGGAGCCUCCAGAGGAGCUGAGCGGAGACGGGGGUGCCGCGGCCGAGGCGUUCGCCCACAACUGUGACGACAGCGCCUCCAUCUCCUCCUUCUCCCUUGGCGGGGCCGGCAGCAGCGCCUCCCUGCCCCGCAGCCGCCACGGCCUGAGCCCCGAGCAGGAAGAAACCGCCUCUCUGGUGUCCACGGGCACCCUGGUUCCUGAGGGCAUCUACCUGCCCCCUCCUGGUUACCAGCUUGUUCCUGACACCCAGUGGGAGCAGCUGCAGGUGGAGGGGCGGCAGCUGCAGAAGGACCUGGAGAGCAUCAGCCGCGAGCGGGAUGAGCUGCAAGAGGGCCUGAGACGAAGCAACGAGGACUGCGCCAAGCAGAUGCAGGUGCUCCUGGCUGAGGUCCAGAACUCAGAGCAGCUGCUCCGGACCCUGCAGGGGACUGUGAGCCAGGCCCAGGAGCGAGUUCAGCUGCAGAUGGCAGAGCUGGCCACCUCCCACAAGUGCCUGAGCCACGAAGUGAAGCGGCUGACUGAGGAAAACCAAGGGCUCCGGGCCGAGCAGCUGCCCUGUCCAGCCUCCUGGGGUCUGGAGCAGGAGGAGGAGUCGCUGCCCAGCUCCAUCUCGGAGCUGCAGAAGCUGGUGCAUCGCACGCGGCAGGAGGCGCGAGCCCAUCAGCAGGCCCGGGAGCAUGAGGCCGAGCGCCUUCGGAUUGAGAUUGUGACCCUGCGGGAGGCGCUGGAGGAGGAAACGGCGGCCAGGGCCAGCCUAGAGGGGCAGCUGAGGGGGCAGCGGGAGGAGACAGAGGUGUUAGAGGCCUCCCUGUGCAGCCUGAGGACAGAGAUGGAGCGGGUCCAGCAGGCACAGAGCAAGGCGCAGCUCACAGACCUCCUCUCAGAACAGAAGGCAAAAGUGUUGCGGCUACAGGCUGAGCUGGAGACCAGUGAGCAGGUGCAGAGGGAUUUUGUUCGGCUCUCCCAGGCCCUGCAGGUGCGCCUGGAACGGGUCCGCCAGGCAGAGAGUCUGGAGCAAGUGCGCAGCAUCAUGGACGAGGCGCCCCUGAGGGACAUCAGGGACAUCAAAGACACCUGAGGGGCCAGAGCCCACCCACCCUGGGGAGACCGCCUUUCUCCAUUGCAGAGCCAUGAGGCUGAGGCUUUGGGGGUCUCAGGAUGGAGUCUUCUCCCUCUCCAAGUCUGGGGUUCAGGGGACAGGGCCUCCUGCUCCCAAGGACAACACUGGGUGAAGAUCCCAACUCCCUCCUGGAACCAAAGGUGGAGGCUAAGCCCUGCAGCUUUCUGGCUGCUAUGCUGCCUCCUGGGUCCCGGCCCCCCAGCCUGUCCCCUGUCCAUGUCUCCGAGGCACAGCCUAGCUGGGCGUGGUGGCUGGGGGCCUCCUUCCACACGCGUGCCCUGGACAGGCAGCUGCUUUCUGGACCGCAUGACACUAAGAUGCUUGUCCCCAGGGGCCCCAAGAUGGGCGUGGAGGCAAGGCCAGACUUUUCUGUCAUUUAUUUUCAAUAAAUAAGCAGCUCAGCUCA